AUGGAGAAGGCGCGUCGGUGCACGGCGCUGGAGGCCGAGAUCCUGAACAACCUGCCCAAGGACCUUGGUGAUGACAUUAACGCCAAUAAUCUCCGUUUCUUCUAUGGCUACGAGCAUGUCGCCGAUCGCUUGGAGAGGCUGGGCCUCACUGUCGUCGGCACUGGUGACGGCUACACUUUCACGGAGAUCAGCAAGCUACGCAUCUUCACCAUGGCCCAGCAGUCGAUCUGCUUGGACUUGGUCUUCCUGGAGGAAGCCCUGCGGGCCCUCAAGGAGAGCUGCGACGCGCGCCUGCGGCUCGAGACGGAAGGCGUCAUCCGCAACCUGGGCCUGCUCUUCUGGGGGGUCGAGCCCCUCCGGAAAGUCGGCGAGAGAGUGUACACUCGCCUGAAGGAGCUCGAAGAGGAGGUCGAAUCAAAAUGGUGGAGAAGUCGAAGGCCGAGCAGCGUGGGGACAGCAUAUGGGAAGACUUUUGGCUGCUAA